GCGGGGUGGUCGUCCGGCCGUAUGUGUGAGUGCGCGCUGCCUGUGUGCACCACCUUUUGAUUUCAGCGAUGACUAGUUGGUCGUAAAGUCAAACUUUGACGAGCAGUCGUUACGAUGCUAAUGUAAUGCCUUGUUGGAUACACAGUUGGCUGCGCCCGUAUCCCAACCGCUACUGUUUCAGCUUGUAGGUUCUGCAGGUUUCAGUCGACAUGCUGUCGAGCCUCUUAAAGGAGCAUCAACAGCGGCAGCACUUGAGAAGGGAAGAACAAGAGCGAAAGAAAAAGGAAGCCACAGCUGCUGCAAGCGCGUUGACAUCGGCGAUGGUAGAUCAUCUUAACGUCGGAGUGGCACAAGCCUACUUGAACCAGAGGAAACUUGAUGCCGAGGCCAAACAGCUGCAUACUAAUGCCACCAACUUCAGCAAGCAAGCAGCCAAUUGGCUCCAUUUGGUAGACAACUUCAACCAUGCGCUGAAGGAACUUGGUGACAUUGAAAACUGGGCAAAAAGCAUCGAAGCAGACAUGCGGACAGUGUCCAGUGCAUUGGAGUAUGCUUACAAAGUGGGUCAGCAGGGAUCCUGAACUUGUGCAAUUUGCCUCCAUGCCAGGUAGUGCAAGCAGAGCUUGUCAACCAGUCACCUUUCCCAAACCGACAAUGAGCUUGUGGACAUCUACCUGACUAAACAGUCAGCUCUUCGUGAGCAGAUGGCACAAUAAAAAUUAUGUGAAAAUUUUGCUUUCUCA